CAGGUGACAGGAAUGAUUAACAGCAGUGUCAAUGAUGACUUCAUUCUGGUGGGUUUCUCAGACCAGCCAGAGCUGGAAAGAACACUCUUCGUAGUUAUUUUGAUUUCUUAUCUUCUCACUCUGGUGGGAAAUUCGAUAAUUAUUCUGAUCUCUUCGAUAGAUCCUAAACUCAAAACCCCUAUGUACUUUUUUCUUACUCACCUCUCCCUCGUGGACAUCUGCUUCACCACCAGUAUUGUCCCCCAACUGCUGUGGAACCUGAAAGGACCAGCCAAGACCAUUACAGCUGUGGGCUGUGCAGUGCAGCUUUAUGUCUCUUUGACUCUGGGCUCUACUGAGUGCAUUCUCCUGGCAGUAAUGGCUUUUGACCGCUAUGCUGCUGUCUGCAAACCUCUCCACUAUGUUGCUGUGAUGAAUCCACAGCUCUGUCGGGCUCUAGCAGGAAUCUCGUGGCUCAGUGGAAUAGGAAAUGCUCUCAUCCAGGGAACAGUCACUCUUUGGCUUCCCCGCUGUGGCCACCUGUGGCUGCACCAUUUCUUCUGUGAAGUCCCUUCCAUGAUCAAGCUUGCCUGUGUGGAUAUUCAUGCCAAUGAGAUCCAGCUCUUUGUGGCCUCAUUGGUCUUGCUGCUUUUACCCUUAACACUGAUACUGACAUCGUAUGGAUACAUAGUCAAAGCAGUUGUAAGAAUCAAGUCAGCCCAGGCGUGGCGCAGAGCCCUGGGCACAUGUGGAUCCCACUUGAUGGUGGUGUCUCUGUUUUAUGGGAGCAGCACUGCCAUCUACAUCCAGCCGAACAGCUCAUAUGCCCACACCCACGGGAAGUUCAUCUCUCUCUUCUAUACUGUCAUGACCCCGACCCUUAAUCCCCUCAUCUACACACUGCGUAAUAAGGAGGUGAAAGGGGCUCUGAGACGGCUCCUUAAUAGAGAUUCUGGAGUGUGUAAAGGAAGCACAGCACAUGAUGGCAGUGAGUUUAUGACUAGAGGAUCCUGA